AAGUAUACUUACAUUCAUUGGACCAUAACGGUUAGUGCUAAAAUUAGUUAUUAGAUAUAAAUCAAUGUGUUCCCACCAUUUUGUUCCUCUAUUCUUAUUUUGUUCAUUCCCUAUAUAUAACACUCCAUGAUCUCUUAUCUUAUCUACUCAACAAAGCAUAAACAUACAUAUGCUUAUUCUCACUUCACUUCACUUCUCAAUUGUAAUUAGCAUCAUCAAGCAAAGAUUGUUAAUAACCACACCACCAUGUCUUCAACCUCAAAACCACACCUUCCGUGGAAGGUGCGAUUCUCUAUGUCAAUCCUCUCAGCCAUUUCAGAUAUCACUGGUCGUUCUAAUGGUACUAUCAAUCGUCGCCUUCUCGACUUCAUUGACUGGAAAAUUCCUCUCAUACCUAAAUUCAAAUCCUUCAGUGAUAUCUCUUCCUCUGACGUCAUGGUGAACUCCACACACAACCUCUGGUUUCGUCUCUUCAUACCUUCCUCUACCACAUCCACUGCAAUCUCAUCUCUCCCGGUUAUCAUUUUCUUCCACGGAGGCGGCUUCGCGUACAUGUCUCCUUCUUCUAUCCCAUACCAUUUUCUUUGUCGGUUAUUUUGUCGUUCUUUUCCCGCUAUUAUUGUAUCUGUUAAUUAUCGUCUUACCCCUGAACAUCGUUUUCCAUCUCAAUAUGAAGACGGUUUGGAAAUUCUGAAGUUUCUCGAUAACAACAGUGACAUUUUAGGAAAAUCUGCUGACAUCACCAAAUGUUUUUUGGCGGGUGAUAGUGCGGGUGGAAAUUUGAUCCAUCACGUGGCAGUUCGGAUUUCCUUAGAAAGGUUUCGAGUUUUGAAAGUUAUAGGAAUGGUUUCUAUGCAACCGUUUUUUGGAGGAGAGGAACGAACUGAAUCUGAAAUUCGUUUGAAGGGGGUACCCGUUUGUUCAAUGGAUAAAACCGAUUGGUAUUGGAAGAUGUUUUUGCCUGAUGGGUCGAAUCGAGACCAUCAAUCGUCUAAUGUUAGUGGACCUAAUACAAUGGAUAUUUCAGAAGUGGAUUAUCCAAAUACCCUUUUGUUAGUUGGUGGAUUUGACCCGUUAAUGGAUUGGCAAAAGAGAUAUUAUGAAUGGUUGAGAAAAUCUGGAAAAGAAGUGGAAUUAGUUGAAUUUACAGAUAUGAUUCAUGCUUUUUAUUACUUUUCCGAUUUACCCGAAACUUCUCAAUUUAUUUCUAAAGUUAAAGAUUUUAUGAUCAAGCAAAUGGUUAAAAUGAAUUAAGGGUUUCAAAAUUUAGAAAAGAAUAUAUUAAUUUUUGAAUUCUUUAAUGAUAAUAUGAAAAAAUAUAUCAAUUUUGAUAUGUUGUUGUUGAAAUCUCUUUUGAUUUUGAAUAGUUUGAAAGUGUAUACGGGAGAUACGAGAUGAGAUGAGCUGUCUGAUUUUGUAAUAUUCCUAAUUUGUCUAAGUGUGAUUAGUAUGAUGAAGUAGUUAAGUGGGGAGAGAUUAGUAGAAAAAUCUCAUGUUUGACCUCUAAGUGAGAGCAAUGACAUGUUUUGUAAAUAAAUAUAAGUGGCAAGGAUAGGAUUGUCAUUUCAUUGACAAUGUAUUUAAGUCAAAAAUCGGUAAAGAAGAGCUCAUUUUAGCCAUUUUUCUCCUUUUAGAAAAAAACAGAACUUGAAGAGAUAGAGAGAGUGAAAGGGAGACAGGGCGAAAGUCAAGGGGAAAGAGAGAAGAAUCUAGACAUUUGGGACUUUAACAUAUACUCUAUUUUGAGAUAAUUACAUUGGUCAUGUAUUCAGAUGUCUUUUAGUAACCAUGUUGUACUAAGUACCACUUAUUAAUGCUUUGAUUAAUAUAAUUCUAGAUGUGUAUUAUAUUGGGA